AUGCCGACCAGUCUCGCCGCCCAUCGGCCAGCUCAGCCCGUCGACUUGAAGACGAAGGUCGUCGCGUCGGACAGCCGCCAUCGCGAUAGCGCUGAAGCUGGACCCCGUUCCGCGCGCGACAGCUCGACGAACUCGGUCAGGGAAGACGAGGUUGCGAUUGUCGCCGAUCGCCGCGACACCAUCGUCCUCCGCCCCACCGGGCGCGACCUUCAGACUGGCCCCGCGCGGUGGCACCGUCUUCCUUUUCGCGUCUCGGCAAUGGUGUCGGCGUCCCGGCGAAGCCACGUCCGUCCGACGCCGCGACCAGCAGCUUGGCGGCGCGGGCGGCGGCAGGAAGCCGACGAUGCCGGGAUCGAUCCGUCCAGUCGAUCAUCAUCGCCGCUGGCUCCCCGAAACCGCGCCACCGGCAGCUUUGUCGGUCGCCAGCGUGAAGAACCGCCCGUUCGCCGCCGCCAGCAACAGCUUUGUCGGUCGUCUGCGCGUGAAAGGCAAAAAGGCCAGGCCGUCGCGGCUUCCUUGAACUGCCGUCUCGGCCGAGGCGAGAUCGACAUGCCUCAUCGCGCGAAUCCGCCGCGCUGCGGCUGGGAUGACGGUGAUCGGCCUGCGUCGAUCAUCGCCUCGAGCGGGAUGUCGCGGGUCGGCGCGGCUUCCUCGAUCAGCGUGCGGCGUGCGCCGAGUGGUCUCCAGACCAUAAGCGGUCGCGGAUCUUGCCCAGAUCCUUCUUCAUCCGCGUCCGUUGCCGCUGCCCGAGCCGAGCACUGGGUCAGUUACUCGCGCUCCUUAUCGAGCUUGUCGCGCUCGCCGCAGAUCCGAACUCCUCCAGCCGCCGCAGAGAGCGCAGCCGCAUGUUGA